CUUAAAUUGAAAAGAAAAGAUUUUGAGGUAUAUUUUUUUAAAUCAUAUUUAAGUGGGGUGUUUUCUAAUAUACAUGCAUAUGAGGAUCAUCAUUAUAAUGGAUAUAUGAUGAUAGUGUGAGUGAUUAAGUUAUUUGGGUUGGAAUUGAUUAGAAAGCUGAGGUUGGAGUAUGUGGAUAUGUAUUUGAUUCAUUGGCCAGUGAGGUUAAGACGAGAUGUUGAAGGCUUCAACUUUACUGGUGAAGAUGUGAUACCAUUUGACAUAAAAGGAACAUGGGAAGCCAUGGAAGAAUGUUAUAGAUUGGGAUUAGCCAAGUCUAUUGGUGUUAGCAACUUUGGCAUAAAAAAGCUCACACAACUCUUGGAAAAUGCCACUAUUCCUCCAGCUGUUAAUCAGGUUGAAAUGAACCCAUCAUGGCAACAAGGGAAGCUAAGAGAAUUCUGCAAACAAAAUGGGAUCCAUGUGAGUGCAUGGUCACCACUUGGAGCAUACAAAGUGUUUUGGGGUUCACCUGCAGUCAUGGAGAACCCAAUUCUUCUGGAAAUUGCUGAAGCUAGAAACAAGAGUGUGGCACAGAUAGCACUGAGAUGGAUAUGUGAAGAAGGAGCAAGUGCCAUUGUGAAGAGUUUCAACAAGGAGAGGAUGAGAGAGAACCUUGACAUAUUUGAAUGGGAACUGAGCCAAGAGGAAUCAGACAAGAUCGGCAAGAUUCCACAGAGCCGGCUCUAUAAGGCAGAAUUUUUUGUAUCUCAGAACGGUGUUUACAAGUCCUUGGAAGAGCUUUGGGAUGGGGACCCUUAAACAAGAACUCUUUGCAAUGAGGUUAUGAUUGACAGACUUUUACUAGGGAGUGGAUUUCUUAAUUUUUUUUUUUCUUUUUCUUUUGGUGUCCAUCCAAAGUUGUUCACAUAUAUAUGUAUUAAACCACUCUUCCACCUUAACCCCAUGACAACAAUAAAGACGUCUCAUGGCCCACAAAUUCAGCCCAA